UUUCUUACUUGUUAUGUCAUAAGAUAAUGUAAAGUGCUACAAUAUAUUUAAUAUAUAUCAUUUAAUAAUUAUGGCAUCUAGUUACAAAGCUUAUAUGAGAUUAUUAAAAAAGUGGCCAAUAGAUAAAACGAAACGUGAUAGAGAUCUUGGUAGAUACCUCCGUGAUAACGUAAAAUCCUUUUUCGUACAAGGAGAAAUAACCCCAGUCGACGAAGUCGACUGUUUAAAGAAAAUAAGCGCUUUAGAACGUUUAUCAGCAAAUACAUACUUCUUAAAAUACAAAAGAGAGAAUAACUCAUCUUCAACUGGUUUAACAUCUGAACAGUGCAGCCAAGUGCUCUCAUCAGACUUCCUAGAAUAUUUAGAGAACGAAGAUAAAGGAUUCAUUUCUAAAUUGAUCCCAGAAGUAAAACCUGCAGAAGCAAAACCCGCAGAAGCUUGAAUCAUAAAAGUUGUUAAGAUGCACAAAGUUUCCAAAA